AUGAGCCGAUCAGCUAUCCAUCAGAGAUUUUACGAGCGGCUUCGUGAUGCAAAUGCCGCCGGCGUUUAUCGCCGCCCCUUAGAGGAAAUGCCGUUCCUUUCAAGCGACGGCGUUGAGUUUAAACUCAGCAAUAAUAAUAAUCAGAAACCCUCUGGUGGUGAUAACCUCAUUACAGGGGAUUCUGAUGACUCUGAUUUCAACGAGUCCUUCCUCAUCACAACCUUCCUCAUCACAACCUUCCUCAUCACAACCUUCCUCAUCACAACCUUCCUCAUCACAACCUUCCUCAUCACAACCUUCCUCAUCACAACCUUCCUCAUCACAACCUUCCUCAUCACAACCUUCCUCAUCACAACCUUCCUCAUCACAACCUUCCUCAUCACAACCUUCCUCAUCACAACCUUCCUCAUCACAACCUUCUUCAUAUCAAGAUAA